AUGGUUCGUGAGAUUUUUUAUCCUAUUCAAAUAGAAAUUCUAGAAUUACUUUUCCCAGGAAAAAGUUCUACUGGCAAUUCAUUAUUACACUCUCGAAGCACUUUUCAUGCUACUCAAUCUGCCAGAUCAAUUACAAAGGAUUGCACCCAUGGGGAAUAUCAGUAUACUAACAAAUAUGGUCAACAGCAAAAGCUUAUUGUUGUUGAUACACCUGGGUUUUUCGAUACUGAUUCGAACAUGACCAAUACUAUGGUGGAACGCAAAAUUGCGUCUCAAAUCUUCGAAAUGACCACUCCAGGUGUUCACGCAUUCCUCAUCGUUCUACGUAUCGAUCGAUUUACACCUGAAGAAAAAAAUACGGUCGACUUCAUUCGACAUAUUUUCGGCACUGACGCAGCCAGAUAUUGUAUCGUCGUCUUCACCCGCGAAGAUCAAUUGGAAGAAGGUCAAACACUGCAUGAGUUUAUUGAUUCGUCACCAGAACUACGUAGGUUGGUUCAAGAUUGCGGUCGACGAAUAUUUAGCAUAAACAACAAAUUGAAUGGUCAACAACUGGAGAAAAAGAUCAGUCAAUUGAUUGAUAUGAUCGACGCGAUGAUAAGAAGUAAUGAUGGAAAGUAUUAUACGAAUACUGAAUACCAGCGUAUUGAAAGAAAACGGGAAGAAGAAAAACGGAAACAAGAAGAGGAAGAACGUCGAAAAAAGGAGGCCGACAAGAAGGCUAUCGAAGAUCGAGCAAGAGAAGAUGAAAAGAAGAAAACAGAAGAUAAAAUGCGUAAAACUUUUGAAGAGGAACAACGCAAAGCAGAACAGCGCGAGAGAGAUUUAAGAAGUCAAUUGGACUCAGCUCGAGCUUCUCAGUCUAGAAAUAGCGAUGAUUUCAACUCAAUAAUUCGAAUGCUUCAAUCGACAGGAUUGGGAGGUGGAGGAGGAGGAGGAGGCGCCGCCAUGUCGCCAAUGAAUUAUGGCAUGGGUAUGCCGUGUUCACCAAUGAGUUACGACAUGGGUAUGCCACAUGGAAGAGCAAGUUCUGCCAGUCAUGGCGCAGGAGGUGCACAUGGUGGUCGAUUUACUGGUACAUUUAUGGCUACAAAUGGUGCCGCAAAUGGGCGAGCAAUCUAUGAAGGGGCACGUGGAGGACAGUAUUAUAUGACUCCAGGUGGCCAUAAAAGCUAUAUACGCAAAUGA